UCUCGCUCACACGCCUGUUGGCCAAGUGAUGGGAGACAACCACCGAUACUUUGUUUUUACGCACAGGGCGCGGACACACCUGACCCGAGUAUCUUUUCGUUUCGUUUGGAAUUCCGUAUGAAUGGAGCUGGAAAUUAGAUUCAUUCAUCACUAAAUAAUAAGAAGUCCGUUAUAAGCAGCGUAUAGGCAAGUUGUGGAAUUAUGUCAAUUUCACCAGGAUUUUUGCAGUGGAAGAGGAGCGAAUAACUUUAGCCAAUAUGCGUUUUUGGAUUAUGACUCGUCUCGCCCGACUGUCCUAUGGAAUAUAGCCCAAUAUAUCCGAACCUGCAUUUUGUCUCAUCAUCCCCCGUGAAGAAUAAACUAUUUGUUUUCUGCAUCAUGUUGUCCCUGUGGGUGUAUAUGAUAUAUUGCUGCGUCGGAUACUGUUCAACCAUGCCAAGUCUGAUGGUCAGUACAGCCAGCAGUAAACAUUCACAACAUCUCGAAACAGUUGACCGUAACAGAACUCAACCCCGACUCCAAAACGAAGGGGACUUGGAAUCAGAACACCAAGAAGAUCCGUUAGAUUCUUUCGAUCCGUUAUUCGGCGCAUCAUCCAGGGACGUGUUAAAUAAUGAGAAUGAUUUGGACAGCAGAGGAGGGGAGGACUGGGAUGAGAUUCGAAGCGAGCAGAGGACGUUGGAUAAUAAUGUCGUGUCAAGUCUCUUCAACGAGUCAGGGCCGGUGGAGAGUAAGAAGUUGCCCCAGGCGAUUAUCAUCGGGGUGAAGAAGGGAGGCACACGGGCGCUGCUGGAGUUCCUCCGCGUGCAUCCCGACAUUAGAGCUGUUGGGGCCGAGCCGCACUUCUUUGAUCGGAACUAUGACAAGGGGCUAGAGUGGUACAGAGAGCGUAUGCCUGAGACUCAGGAGGGUCAGAUCACCAUGGAGAAGACCCCCAGCUACUACGUCACUAAAGACGUCCCCGCCCGUAUCCACACCAUGUCCCCAGACACCAGGCUGAUUGUGGUGGUCCGAGACCCAGUCACCAGGGCCAUCUCAGACUACACUCAGACCCGCUCCAAGAAACCUGACAUCCCCUCCUUUGAGAGCCUCGCCUUCAAGAACAGAACUACGGGUCUCAUCGACACGUCCUGGAGCGCCGUCCAGAUCGGGAUGUAUGCCAAGCACCUAGAACGCUGGCUGCAGUACUUCCCCAAGGAGCAGCUCCUCUUCAUCAGCGGGGAGAGGUUGAUCUCCGACCCAGCCGGGGAGAUGACACGCGUACAGGACUUCCUGGGGCUCAGGAGGGUGGUCGGUCACAAACACUUUCACUUCAACCCAGCCAAGGGCUUCCCCUGUCUGAAGAGGCCGGAGGGGAAUAGUAAACCUCACUGUCUGGGGAAAACCAAAGGAAGGAUUCAUCCUAAUAUUGACCCUGAGGUGGUACAGAAGCUGAGGGACUUUUAUCAACCUUUCAACAGGAGGUUUUAUCAGAUGACGGGACAUGACUUUGGAUGGGGUUCAUGGAGCUGAGCGACUGAGACAUUGAGUGAAUCCGAAAUGGCACCCUCUUCCCUAUGUAGCACACUACCCUGGUCAAUAGUAGUGCACUAUAACAUUGGACAAAAUGGCACCCUCUUCCCUAUGUAGCGCACUACCCUGGUCAAUAGUAGUGCACUAUAACAUUGGACAAAAUGGCACCCUCUUCCCUAUGUAGCGCACUACCCUGGUCAAUAGUAGUGCACUAUAACAUUGGACAAAAUGGCACCCUCUUCCCUAUGUAGCGCACUACCCUGGUCAAUAGUAGUGCACUAUAUUAUUGGACAAAAUGGCACCCUCUUCCCUAUGUAGCGCACUACCCUGGUCAAUAGUAGUGCACUACAAUAUUGGACAAAAUGGCACCCUCUUCCCUAUGUAGCGCACUACCCUGGUCAAUAGUAGUGCACUAUAUUAUUGGACAAAAUGGCACCCUCUUCCCUAUGUAGCGCACUACCCUGGUCAAUAGUAGUGCACUACAAUAUUGGACAAAAUGGCACCCUCUUCCCUAUGUAGCGCACUACCCUGGUCAAUAGUAGUGCAUUAUUGAGGUUGUCGUACACUACCCUGGUCAAAUAUAGUGUGCUACUGAGGUGUUAUGGUGCCCUUUCACACAGAGAUGUUGUAUUUUUCUUUGAGGGGUUUUAGGUUGUAUUUGUAACAUUUUGGAGAUAAUGUUAUACUAUGUAUAUAAGGCAGCGUGUGUAAAAAGUACAGAAGUCUAUUUUAUGAUAAUUUAUUUCAAGGAUAUUAUGAACUCACUGAGCUGCAUAUCCAUGUUUGUUGAGGAUUAUCACACAUCUUUACAUUCCUGUUUCUAAAAUCUUCGUUUUGAAGUGCAUUUUGUAAUCGUGAAAUUACCUCAGAAAAAUACAUGUGCAGGAAUUGUGGAAAUGAAAACAUAACAGCACAAUUCUGUUACGGGUAGCAGCACUCGACCAGCAGGGUUAGGCUAGAGCUAUUGUUUUCCUUCAUAUACAUGCAAUGACUUUAUAAUGCUGCAUUAGCUCAUUCUCCCUGCCUUUACCACGUUGCUUUUAACAUGGCUGUACGAAAUACCACACCAUCUCAGCAAAAAGGGUUUUAACAUGGCUGUACGAAUACCACACCAUCUCAGCAAAAAGGGUUUUAACAUGGCUGUACGAAAUACCACACCAUCUCAGCAAAAAGGGUUUCAACAUGGCUGUACGAAUACCACACCAUCUCAGCAAAAAGGGUUUUAACAUGGCUGUACGAAUACCACACCAUCUCAGCAAAAAGGGUUCAUUCACAAAGGUUGGUAGAAUGACAACGUACAAAUAUUGUAACGACCAGAGAAUUAGUGUUGGGUCAUUGAACAUGGAGGCAUCUCUGUAGCCUCAUUGUUUUUAAAAGCUGUUAAAAACCACUCAAGGAGUCCAAAUCAACCUCCUUAAGAUCAGCCUGACCUCCAGAGGCCUGUGGGCCCACUUCAUCCACCAGAUCAAUAUAUAGAACCCCAGCUGACCCCGUCAGUCUGGGUCCCAAAUGGCUCCCUGCUCACUUAAUCGUUCACUACUUAUGACCAGGACCCAUGAGGCAUUUAGGGAACAGGGAACCAUUUGGGAUGCCCUCCCAGUGUCACUAUGACAGCUAUAUCAAUACAGUAAUAAUUCAUCAUCACAUCAAUUACACGUGAGUGAUGUCACAUUACAGCUGAGUGAUGUCACAUUACAGCUGAGUGAUGUCACAGUGCAGCUGAGUGAUGUCACAUUACAGCUGAGUGAUGUCACAUUACAGCUGAGUGAUGUCACAUUACAGCUGAGUGAUGUCACAUUACAGCUGAGUGAUGUCACAGUGCAGCUGAGUGAUGUCACAGUGCAGCUGAGUGAUGUCACAGUGCAGCUGAGUGAUGUCACAGUGCAGCUGAGUGAUCUGUAGUCCUGUUGGGUAAAGUUAACAGGACUGCUGUUGGAUCAGAUGUUAUCACCACAGCCCUCUGUAGCCCUGUUGGGUAAAGUUAACAGGACUGCUGUUGGAUCAGAUGUUAUCAUCACAGCCCUCUGUAGUCCUGUUGGGUAAAGUUAACAGGACUGCUGUUGGAUCAGAUGUUAUCACCACAGCCCUCUGUAGCCCUGUUGGGUAAAGUUAACAGGACUGCUGUUGGAUCAGAUGUUAUCACCACAGCCCUCUGUAGCCCUGUUGGGUAAAGUUAACAGGACUGCUGUUGGAUCAGAUGUUAUCAUCACAGCCCUCUGUAGUCCUGUUGGGUAAAGUUAACAGGACUGCUGUUGGAUCAGAUGUUAUCACCACAGCCCUCUGUAGCCCUGUUGGGUAAAGUUAACAGGACUGCUGUUGGAUCAGAUGUUAUCAUCACAGCCCUCUGUAGGUCCUGUUGGGUAAAGUUAACAGGACUGCUGUUGGAUCAGAUGUUAUCAUCACAGCCCUCUGUAGUCCUGUUGGGUAAAGUUAACAGGACUGCUGUUGGAUCAGAUGUUAUCAUCACAGCCCUCUGUAGUCCUGUUGGGUAAAGUUAACAGGACUGCUGUUGGAUCAGAUGUUAUCAUCACAGCCCUCUGUAGUCCUGUUGGGUAAAGUUAACAGGACUGCUGUUGGAUCAGAUGUUAUCAUCACAGCCCUCUGUAGUCCUGUUGGGUAAAGUUAACAGGACUGCUGUUGGAUCAGAUGUUAUCACCACAGCCCUCUGUAGCCCUGUUGGGUAAAGUUAACAGGACUGCUGUUGGAUCAGAUGUUAUCACCACAGCCCUCUGUAGUCCUGUUGGGUAAAGUUAACAGCUGUUGGAUCAGAUGUUAUCAUCACAGCCCUCUGUAGUCCUGUUGGGUAAAGUUAACAGGACUGCUAUUGGAUCAGAUGUUAUCAUCACAGCCCUCUGUAGGUCCUGUUGGGUAAAGUUAACAGGACUGCUGUUGGAUCAGAUGUUAUCAUCACAGCCCUCUGUAGUCCUGUUGGGUAAAGUUAACAGCUGUUGGAUCAGAUGUUAUCAUCACAGCCCUCUCUAGUCCUGUUGGGUAAAGUUAACAGCUGUUGGAUCAGAUGUUAUCAUCACAGCCCUCUGUAGUCCUGUUGGGUAAAGUUAACAGCUGUUGGAUCAGAUGUUAUCAUCACAGCCCUCUGUAGGUCCUGUUGGGUAAAGUUAACAGCUGUUGGAUCAGAUGUUAUCACCACAGCCCUCUGUAUUCCUGUUGGGUAAAGUUAACAGCUGUUGGAUCAGACCACAUUUAUUGGGAACUCAAUGGUGCAUUGUUGUGUUAUUGUUGUUGAAAUGGAAAUUCAAAGGCUGCGAUUCAAUCCGAUCGCACGUUGCAGUGCUCUUGACAUCAGAAAGUCAUUUCCAGCUGAACCAACGUUAACAGAGGUUUACCUUGAAGGUCACCUCUGUGAAAGUGGGAACAUUACCUCUGUGACAGUGUGCAGCGCUGUAACGAGCCUUGAAUUGAAUCGUGACCAACGUCUUGCUAUUCAGGGCUCACAAUUCCUUUCUCCUAAGUCUGUGUAUGGGUGAGUUUUAUUCAUCCCUAUACAGAGACGCCAAUGACAAUGUUUCUGCCCAUCAAAUAUGAUGAUAAUGUAUUGAUAAAAAAUCUGUAUACAUACAUUAACAAAUCCAACUAUUUUACUGUAUAGUUUCCAUUUUACAAAGAUGUAAAUGAGGCCGUUGUGAGUAAAAUAGUGUCAUUGUUGUUAUUUCUUUGAAGUAAGGAAUAUAUCUAUUUUACCAAAACAAAAUGAUCCUCUGAAUGUCACAUUGUCAUAAAACUACACUACACCUUU